AUGAUUAGAACAAGUGCAAGCUACGGCAAAAAGGCCCACGAGCAACUGAAAGAGAAGAAGUUGAGAGAUCGCGUUUAUGAUGUUCCACCGGAUUAUCCAACCAGAGUGGCAUCAACUCCGUUGCACACGGAGGAGGAAAGCAUCAAUCGCUUGACACCUAACAAGCUAUCCGAGAGCAUCAUGAAGUGUCUCAUCUUCAUCUACAUGAGACUGCUCCGGACUUCCAGACUCAUGGAGCUCGAGAAGUCCGGCUCCAUUGCUCGUUCCACAAACUUCUCCCUCAGCUUUAGGGCAGAGACCAACUCAAACUCGAAGAAUGUCCUAACGCUGCACAAGGACUCGAGGCAGCAAGAUCCUUAUGGAAUCUUCAAUUCAGAGGCGUCUGUGCCGAGGGAUAUUGGCCCGUACAAGAACUUGGUUAGAUUCACAUCCAGCUCCAUGGACUUAAAAUGCAUCCAGAAUUCAAGCUCAGUCCCUUUGUUUCAGAAAUUGAAGGUGAUGAUGGAUGGGCUACAGAAGGUGGAUUUGAGGUUCAUGAGUCAUCAACAGAAGCUGGCGGUUUGGAUCAACAUGUACAAUGCUUGUAUAAUGCAUGGAUAUCUGCAGUAUGGUGUUCCAUCUGUUCUUAAUCAUGACAGCCUGCUAAACCUGAUCAACAAGGCGACUCUCAACGUAGCUGGAAACACAAUAAACGCUCCAGCAAUCGAACGUUUCAUUUUGAGAAAGCCACAAGAAUCAUUCGUCAAAGAGAUUCUUGGCAAGGAGAAUGAGAGCAAAGAGAUGAUCGUGGGCGACCUCUACGGGCUCGAAACGCCGGAUCCCAACAUCAUCUUCGCCUUGUGCUGCGGCACACGCUCUUCUCCGGCUGUAAUUAACCAUCUCAAAACACCAGUGAAGAUAUACACGGCGGAGGGCGUGACGGCUGAGCUGGAGCGGUCGAAACAGGAAUAUCUGCAGGCGGCGAUAAUGGUGAGCGGCGGCGCGAAGAAGAUCGCUCUUCCCGAUCUUCUGCUGACGAACAUGACCGACUUCGCGGCCGACAAGGAGUCGUUGAUGGAUUGGGUGUGCCAGCAGCUGCCCACGUCGGGUGCUUUGAGGAAAUCAAUCGUCGAUUGCUUCAGAAGCUUCCACGGCGGGAAGGGGGCGGCGGCGGCGGUUGUGGAGAAGAUAGCUUAUGAAUUCGAGUUUCAGUAUUUGUUGGUUGUAUGAAGAGAUAACUGUGCCUUGUACAUAUUUUGCUUUUUUUUUCCUUGCAAAUAUGUGUAUACUGAAAAUGUGAGAUGAGAUGCUAUUUAUUCCAUAAUAUUGUCGAUA